CAAUAAGUCACGGAAAACCACAUCAUGCCAAAAUAAGGAAUCCACAAACAGUUUGGGGAAUUAACAGUGGAUGUUGCGUCGGGCCAGUGUAGGCGUGCUAACCUGGCGAUGGGCUAAGGUUUAGAAGUAGUAAGGGAUUAACAAUGGAAAAGUUGUGUUUGUGAACAGGUUGGGAAAGUGUUGGCCAAAAAAAAAAAAAAGUUGCAGGGCUUUUCCUCCUUGCACGGAUGCGGUUUCUGGAAUCGACAACAUGUAAGUUUUGAUAAAAGAGCAGCACUCAGCUACGUACUCACUGAAAGGUUUAUCACUUGAUAUAACCUCGUUACGGUACAGUUUGAAAUUUUGCCAACAAUUCCUUUUUUUUUUUUUUUUUAAAGAGUGAUUGGUCUUUGGUUUUCAUGCCGUUAGGCUUCUGGAGGGUAAAUGGACUACAACUCCAAAAGGUGAUUGGAUCUGUAGGCUAAUAUCCGUGGAGUUAAAAUGUGUGUGUGAAACCUAACAAAAGACAUGAACAAUGGCAGAAAGAGAGAGGAAGAAUGCGGCUGUGUAUCGCAGCGUCUCUUUUAAAAAGUUGGGCUCCUGGAGCGCCAACAGGAGUGAAGACCAACAACACAAAUCAGAGGAUUUGGAGGCAGCUGGCGUCGCCCUCCCCCCGGAGCCCAGCAAAGCAGAACAGCCCUUUGCGACGCGUAAUGUCAGCGUGUCAAGAAAAGUUUCCAAAAUCUCUGCCACUACUGCCACUGCCGGCCUCCCGACCGCAGAUCCAAAGAGAGCCUCCUCCACUCCUCUCUCCUCUAUUUCUCCAUCCAUCCGGCAGCUCACUGAGAAGUUUAGCAGCAGCAGCAGCAGCGGCUCUGCCGGGACGCACGGAGCCUCCCCGGGAGACGGCACAGCAGUGACGCGGGGGAGCAACACUCUUCCCCGGGCCAAGGGCUCCAGGAGAGUCGGGUCUCCGUCUCGUAAAUCUUCUCACGAGGACAGUGGUGGCGGAUAUUUCCAGGAUAGCGAUACAACGACGGCGGAGUCACCGACAGACAAAUUGCAGAAGUUUUACUCGGACACAGACUCCGUGUCAGGCUCUGAAUCAGAGAAGAAAAACAAGCAGCGGAUGUUUACACGUUUAUCAACCGACAGCAACUCUGGUAAGAGAGAGUAUUCUCAAAUCAAUGCAUGUCACCCUGAUUCCAGAAAGACUUUAACUACAGAUGAGGGAGAGGAUGUUUCUAAUAGAGGGGCUCCUCCACCUUGUAAAUCUCACAGAAGUUAUCUCUCUACACACCACAGUGACUUUAUUCCCUUGCAUUCUGAAAAGUGGCCCAGUGUCACAAAAAUUAGACAACUUUUUGAUGAGAUACAAGGCCAAGCUACACAGCAGCACAAGACUGACUCUUAUGAGAAUUUAAAAACGGCUGUCAGAGGACAUCUGCACGAGUUCAGCGCCAGUAAAAGUGCUCCUCUUUCGGAUAGAAGUGACAAGGUCUCGCCUUGCAGCUCUGCUAAUGAAGCCAGUAGCCUGCCUUUGCAUGGCAAAUGCAUUGUUGGAGCACAAAGGAAAGAAAGCACUGCUUGUUAUAGUAUGGACUGUUAUUCCAAAACUGACCACCAGCAGUACUCAGAUGAUGAAGAGGCAGACAUAGAAUCACAAAGUUCUAAUAACAAACACGUUUCUGGCAGAAACCCUUUUCACAGCAGCGGCAGUAGCAGUCUCAGUUGCACUGGGGGUAGUCACUCCCAGAGGAUUAACCCAUCUUCAUUCAGAUCUCAUAGUCCCAGCACUGAGGCAGAGGCCGCCCACCAGACCCUUAGGACGACAGGGUUGACAUCUGACCCCAGCCCUGACCUUCAACCCCCUGCUACUUCGUCUUGGAGUCGAUCGGAGAGCUUGGACACCUCCUCCUGCUCCUUCUCUCUUCAGCGGCCGACAGUGAGGGAGAGAAGGGAUAGACAGGGGGUCGGGCUGCCCAGGGAUAGUUUACAUUCCUCACAUAGCUCCUCUAGAGCGCCAGCCCCCACCUCCUCCCUCUCCUCUGCUCCAGCUCCAGAUAAAGCCAUUACCUCCUCAUCGACUGUAGCUCCCUCCACCAAGCUAAGAGCCCUAGCAAGAGUUUCCUCUCCCCUAAGCUAUCACUGGAGGUUUAGCUCUGGAGACGAAGAGGAAGAGCACACCAGGAGAAGAAGAAGAAGAGGUGAAGGAGGCAAUUGGCUCUCUCCUUCUUGCCCUGCUCCUUCCAUCUCCUAUAGAGCAGGAGAAAGGGGUGCCACUGAGCGUGGAGGUAGCAAUUUAGCCCGCUGUAAAAAUGGCUGGUGGGGUGCUAAAGGCAGGUCUUCAGGCAGUGAGGAGGACAGCCCUGGUUAUUUAGGUCUGCACAGUCGAGAGGCAGUGCGCCGCCGCUCGCUGAGAAAGAAGAAGAAAGUCAGCGGAGCUGCUCUUGCAACAGGCCAUGAUGAUUAUGAUGAUCAAGAUGGCGAAACAGAAGACAGCGAUAGUGACACAGCCUUGACAAUGGAGCACUUAGAGAGGCCCCCCCAACAAAACGCAGGAGGAGAAUUUGCAAGAACAGUAUCUCGGAGCCACUUUGCAAGAGCACCCAGCAGUCACAGUAACAGAGCCAGGGUGCAGCAAUGGGAGCGCAUCUCCUCACCUGUGACAUCCACAACACUUACUGGUGUAUCACGAGUGUCAAAGAUCAAUAUCCCCCCAUUUGUUUCCAGUCCUGGUGGUUCGCGUUGCAGCAGUCGGUACUCCAGCACUGAGACGCUUAAGGAGGAGGACCAGGCUGGCUGCGCCAACCGUGCAGCAACUAUGUUAUAUAACACAAGCAGAGCAGGAGGCAACACUAGCAGAACUGCAUCCUCGUCCAUGCUGAGUAAAACUUACCAUGGGAAUUUUACCAUGUACCGUUCCCCAAGUUUUGGCCAUGGGGAUAACUUCUCCCAUACCCCUGUGUGGGUGCGCCCCAAGAUUCUGCCUACAGUCACCCCCUUAUCUAGCGUACUUGCCAGAGAAGGCAAGGUAUCUGCAGGAGUUGGGGGUGGUGAGACCACAGCAUUAAGGAGGACCGCAGGUGGGAAUGGGGUAGAUGAUAAUGAUAAAAAAAAAAAAUCCAUGUCCAACCCUGAUAUCACCUCAGAAACUAUGUCCCUCUUAAGCUUUCUUAAAUCUGACUUGUCAGAGCUUAAGGUGCGGAAAACUAAUGGAGACAAAUCCGGGGUCAUGGAGGGGACACCGGUGUACAGGAUGGGCUCACGGGCUCAGGGCGGUACCCUGCUACCUUCUGGUCGUCGCCCGUCACUGAAAGACUUGACUGCCACCCUGAGGCGUGCAAAAUCCUUCACUUAUUCAGACAAACCCACAACAGCAGUGAGGUGUUACUUGACAGGUGGCGCCACAAAGAGGAGCUCCUCUGAGCAGCAGCUUGACUUGGAUGGAGAGGGGGAUAGAGGGAGAGUGUCAGUGUCAGAUAGGGAAGUAGAAAGUGAUGGGGGGGAUUUGAGGGUUAGGAGAGGACAAAGAAUGAGGGAUUAUGGAUUUGAGGAUGAGGAAAGGAUGCCAACUCCAUUGCAGGAGAGGUAUGUGCAAGAAGCCAGACAGGUCAUUCGAGAUAUCUGCCAGAUGAGUACUAGAGAAGAUGAUGACGUAGAUGUAAGGAAAACUCAAGAUGAUUUGGAGGAGGAAUGUUUCCAGCUCAAUAAAACAAAUGAGGAAGAAAAAGCAGGAGUGAGCAUUCAGGAUCAGGCAAGGACAGACCAAGAGGCUGAGUUUAAGAACACAAAAGACACGGAUAAACAUGAGAGAGAGAACAGGGAGAGGGAGAGGAGCGAGAGGGAUGGACAAAGUAUGCAGUUGGAGAAGCUAAACAGCAGGGGCACAGAGUACAGGGAGAAGGCAAAGAGACAGAGUGGAGAGACGGAGAGAGUCUUACUGAAGGGCGACUCGGAGGAAAGCAUGUUCUACGACCGCUCUGUGGAUGAACUUUCUGGUCAUGAGUCUAGUUUAACAGAUGAAGGGAUUGUAACCGAGCCAGAGACGAGCCCCAGUGACCCCUCUGAGAGGUCAUUCCUGGGGUCAGCAGGGGUUAAUUUGAGUUCACAAAUUGCUAGGGAUGUGCUUGGGCAGCCUGUCACCAUAUGGAAUCAAUCUGCUCUGCAUGAGGCGGAGGGGUUCAAGAAGGAGAGAGAAGAGAUGACGGAGAACAGCCUGAAUUGUACAAAUCGUCUGAAUGAAGUCGGCGUGCCUCCCUCCUUGCCUCGUCGUGCCCGUAUGGCUGAGAGUGACAGUAUUAUCAUGGAGCUGAGCAGCACUGCUGGUAUUAACAAUGUGAACACCAGCAGUGAAGAGAUCAACACCAGCAGCGCUGUUUUGCUGAGGUCAACAGGCACCGCAGGAGGAGGAAGACUUGAAGCCCCUGCUACACCAAGUUCUGUCCGUCGAAGGCGCAAGUUUUCCCCUUCUGGUAAUAAUAACACAGGCUCCGAUUCCAGUAAUAGCAGUAAUUCAGAGUCAGCAAUAGCAGCUGUUGGAAAUGGGGAGUCCACGGUCUACAGGUCGCUCAGUGACCCCAUGCCUCAGCGGCGCUGUUCUGUGGCAGAAGAAGGGAAUAACAACAAUUUUUCCUCUGUAGACAGCAACUUGUUAGGAUCCCUAUCUGUCAAAGGAGGAGGAGGUGCUCCAGACACCUCUGAUGUGGCCAUCUUGUCAGAAUACAAGGGCAGUGUGGCCAGUGACUUGUCAGUUUGCAGCGAUGGCGGCCUCCGGGAUGAUGCUGUUCGUGACUACAGUGGCGUUAUCAGGAGCAUCGUAGCUGAGCCAGGUGCAAUGGACAGGCUGAUGACAGAUGACCAUGGCAAUGGCAAAGCUCCCAAGAAGAAGUCAUUCAGUGACCCCAGUCGCCGUAGCGACGCCCCUUUUCUUUCCCAGAAUGACCCUGAAUUCAGAGGUCAGAUUGGCAGUACUCAUCCAAUCAGUGAGCUUGAUCAACCUGGUCCGAUUCCACCUUCCAGCAGUGAGCCGAUCCUAAACGAGCAGAGGGAGGAACUCUGGGAGCCAGAAGUGAAGCCUAAAUACUCAUUGCAGACACAGUCAAACGUAAAAAAUGUCAAGAAAGCUCGUUCCCAGUCAGAAUGCACAACCCACUCUGAUAACCAUGAUGCAGAAGAUGAUGAUUUAAUAGACCAAAGUGAAGAAGAGACCGAUGUGCAGAAGUUUAACUUUAACCUCAAGCUGGCAGAGGUUCUGUCCCCUAGAAUGAUCCGUCGGCCAACCAGAAAGCGUCCAAACAGGCUGGCUCAGUUUUUCCCUCAUGAGGACCCAUUUGAGCCCCCAGAACUGGGUUCAGAGGGGCAGGAGGAUCACAGUAUCCAAAGCAACCUCACCCCUCCCCUUCCCCCACUGCAGUCCAAACCCAAAACCAGACCCAAGCAUGUCCGCCAUGCAAGUGAACCCGCCACCUUUAUCCCCAUCUCCCCACCUCCACAACUGCAGCCACUGAAGGAAGUGGACUGCCUUGCCGUCCGACCCUCUGCAGAGUGUUCAACCUCAAGUAAGCCCCCAGGAGACGAGGCUCCAUCUCUGGAGCAUGUGACCCAGAAAUAUAUUCUGGAACUGAGCACUGCCGAGGGCCCAGGGCCUCUACCAGUAGCCAGGGAUGAAGCGGAAGGUUCAGUGUCGGCAUGUGAAGGGCCCAGCGAGACCAGCACCAGUGGAAUUACAGACGCCGGACCAGAGAAGAAGAGCACAGAGGACACAGCAUCUACCGCAACUCCACAGAAGACCAAGCCCAAAGUGGAUAUGAGGAAACAUGUGAUGAUGACCCUCUUGGACACAGAGCAGUCAUAUGUGGAGUCACUACGCAGUCUCAUUCAGGGCUACAUGCGUCCUCUCAAACAGCAGGACAGCGGCGCCAUAGUGGACCCUCUGCUGGUGGACGAGAUGUUUUACCAGAUCCCGGAGAUCCUGGAGCACCACGAGCACUUCCUGGAGCAAGUCGCCGGCUGCGUCGGCCAAUGGCACGAUAGGCAGACCGUCGGAAACAUCCUUAUUCAAUCCUUCUCCAAAGAGACUCUAGCCAAUAUGUAUUCAGCGUACAUCGACAACUUUCUCAACGCCAGAGAUGCUGUGAGGAUUGCCAAGGAGGCCAAACCAGCGUUUCACAAGUUCCUGGAGCAAAACAUGCGUGAGAACAAGGAGAAACAGGCUCUGGGCGAUCUGAUGAUUAAACCAGUCCAGAGGAUUCCUCGAUAUGAGCUGCUCGUCAAGGACCUGCUCAAGCACACCGCGGAGGAUCACCCAGACCACCCAUAUUUACUGGACGCCCAGAGGGACAUCAAGCGACUGGCUGAGAAGAUCAACAAGGGCCGUCGCUCCGCUGAGGAAGCAGAGAGGGAGGCCAGGGUCAUCCAGGAGAUCGAGGCGCACAUAGAGGGAGUUGAACAUAUUCUGAACCCCCAAGGAAAUUUUCUGACCCCUCUUUAUUUCUCCUUUCUCUCUGUAGAAGACAGUUGGUGGAAGAAAGACCGUUCUCUCUUCCUCUUCAGUGAUCUCAUCAUCUGCACCACUCUCAAGAGGAAGUCUGGCUCGCUAAGACGCAGCUCCAUGAGCCUAUACUCUGCUGCGAGUGUGAUUGAUACUUCCAGUAAAUACAAGUUCCUGUGGAAGCUUCCCCUGGAGGACUUGGAGGUGGUGAAAAGCCCCACCCAGGCAACAAACAAGGAGACCAUCCAGAGGAUGAUAAGUCGAUUAGAGAGGAUCUCAGCACUCUGGGUCAGAUAGCAACUGUCUGAGACCCUCAGCUUCCCACACCAGCAGUCCCUGGACGAUGUCAUUAAGGAUCUGAUGGCGUCAGUGCACAGGGAGCUGUCAGAGAAGCAGUCUCUGGCCUUCAGCAUGACCUUCCUGCCCACAAAGCUGGAGUUCACCACAGCCUCCGCUGAGAGCAACUUCAUCUUUGAGUUCACCUCGCCUGACACUCGGUCCAGCUUUGAACAGGCCUUUGAAGACGCCAAGAAGAAGCUAGCAAUGAAUAAGGACCAGUGGGACCCAGAGUUCCUGAAGGCCAUUCCGAUUAUGAAGACACGUAGUGGAAUGCAGUUUUCGUGUGCCUCUCCCAGCCACAGCAGUCCUGACAGUGGCUGUGAGGUGUGGGUGUGCAACAGCGAUGGAUACGUGGGACAGGUGUGUCUGUUGAACAUUAAAGAUGAGCCAACAGUUGAGGCCUGCAUCGCUGUCUGCUCAGCGAGAAUCAUAUGUAUUGCUGCGGUACCAGGACUCAAGGGAAGGGAGCGUGGAUCAGAGCCCAGGCUGACCACUCCCUCCGCAGCACCUGGUCCGACCCAGCAGCAGCUCCAUAUAUCUAUCUCUCAUUCAUCUCUGGAGCUGACGGAGCGACCUACAGGACCAGGGGCAGAGCUUGUUCCUUUUGACAGUGAUGACACGGAUGACGAGGAUUCACCCAGCCCUUCCUCUACUUUACAGAGUCAGGCCAGUCACUCCACCAUUUCAUCCAGCUAUGGCAAUGACGAGGGCACAGGCUCAAAGGACAUGGCUACAGAGACCACCAGCAGUGAGGAGGAGCAGGAGUUCCCAGUGGCGAGCUCCUAUGGAGCUCCGGGAAUAUUGGGGGUUGGCGGCGGAAGUCGCGCCCACACAGAGAGCCCUAUGGACGGCCGCGCCAUGCGCCGCUCCUCCCGGGGCUCUUUCACCAGGGCGAGCCUGGAGGACCUGCUCAGCAUCGACCCGGAGGCCUACCAGAGCUCUGUGUGGCUGGGAACAGAGGAUGGAUGCAUCCAUGUGUACCAGUCCUCGGACAACAUCCGUAACCGUAAGAACAGCAUGAAGAUGCAACACUCAGCCUCCAUCCUCUGUGUACUGUAUUUGGACAACAAAGUGUUUGUGUCCUUGGCCAAUGGAGAGGUGAUCGUCUAUCAGAGAGAAGCAGGUAGUUUCUGGGACUCUCAGUCUUCUCAGACAUUGGUUCUGGGCACGCCCAGUAGCCCUGUCACCAAAAUGGUUCCUGUAGGAGGAAAGCUCUGGUGUGGCUCACAGAACAGAGUCCUUAUUAUCAACACAACUACACUGGUACAAGAGCACUGGUUCCAGGUGGGCACAGACAGCAGUCGGUGCGUGACCUGCAUGGUAGCGUACGGUCAGGGUGUGUGGUUGGCAUUACAGGGCAGUGCACAGGUCAAACUGUACCACGCUCAGACCUUGGAGAGCCUGACAGAGGUGGACGUGGCACCUGCUGUGCAUAAGAUGCUUGCAGGUGCAGAUGCCAUCAUCAGACAGCACAAAGCGGCCUGCCUGAGAAUCACAGCAUUGCUGGCAUGUAAAGAUCUGCUCUGGAUCGGCACUAGUGCAGGGGUGGUCCUUACGCUGGUGAUCCCAGCAGUGAGCUCUGGAACUGGGGCUGGGACACUGAAAUCUCCCCAGGUGCCAAUGGGCUCGGCUCAUGGACACACGGGCCAUGUUCGCUUUCUGACAUCAAUCGAACUACCUGAAGGGUUUGACAUGAACUUCCCUCCUAUGGCAACUGACUCCACAGGAAACCAAUCCCAAAGCGGCAGCACAGUUGAUGGGAACCUCCAAAGACGUGACUCUUUGCGUCGCCGAGCUUCUGCCCUCAUCCCUUCAAAAACCAACCACCUAGUGAUUUCCGGUGGCGACGGCUAUGAGGACUUCAGACUGACCAAUAGCAGUGAAACGGUCGGACGGGAUGACAGUACCAACCAUCUUUUGCUUUGGAAGGUCUGAGACAAUCACCCCCCGAUUAAAACAACCCGCCCCAACUCCCUUUAUCUGAGAACUGUGCACCUUUUGCCCACCGGACUCCUCACUUUUUGGUGUUGUUGUUUUGGUCUUCUGCUCAGUCCACCAGUCUCUAUGUGCACAAUAUGGCUGUCAACUCUCUCCUGGCCUUACUAAUGAAUAUGAUCACUUCAAAGCCAGUUUUCUUGUGUUAAUAUUUCUGAUGGUGUGCGUUGUUCCUCACUGAGUAGUGUCUGUGCCUGUGUAUUUGUUUGCACAUAAUGUCUUUAAACUCAAGUCAUUACUAAAGGAGACAGAAGAAGACAGAGAAAGGGAGAAUGAAACUUUCACACAUGGAUGGAUGUUUAGACUGAGAACAAGUGAAGAAGAGAAAGACAGAAGAGGACUUGGACUCUGCAGAAUGUCAUUGCACAGGAGGUUGAAAGAAGACAUUUAAGUGACACAUGUUCUUUUUUUUUGACUUGGACAUCAACCCUUUACUCCAUCAUUACUUCAUCUUAACCUGAACUGCAGACACAAUUCCUCCAGAUGAUCAGAGGUAAAUGUCAUGUAAAAAUAUAUAAAUGGAAACUAUGUAUAUAGCAAAACAUACCAUUACAAACUGUAGUUUGAUAGAUAUUCUGGAUUUGCAUCCAUUUCUGCAACUACAGUAGAACUCAUCAUGGAAGAGAGGUUCACUUGACACCUGUGAGCUUUUAAAGGAGUAAAAAACAAAGUAUUCUUGUCUUCUGGACAACACCCCCUAAUGGCAGAUCUGAGGACAGACAUUUCUGGUCCCACAGCAGUAGGGUUGUAAUCUACUCCACGAUCAUUGCUUAUAGAUGUGAGACUUCUGAAAUAAUCCUCUCUCCUGUAGAGGGAGAGGGAAUAUUAUUAAAGUGCAAUAUGUGGCAAGGGUAUCUUAGCAAGGCACAUGCACACAGUCACACACACAUUAAUGCACAGCUUUCACUCACUGAAGACAUUUGUGAGAAACAUAAAUGUGUGUUUUCCACAGAUAAUCAAUUUGUGUCCGAUUUUCUUAUUCAGUUUUUUGUCAGUUUAAGAUGACAUGAGCGUAGAUGAUGCACGCUACUGGAGUUGAGUAGGAAAAAAAAAAUGGAUUGGAGACGUUUCUCCUUAACAUGACUAUGCCAAAGCCUUGUAUGUGUUACAGUUUUGACAAUAAGGGAUCUGAAAAGAUUCCUUUUGCCAUGAAAUUUUAGUUUGUUGAGUAGAAAUCAGGAGCUGGUGUUACUGACUUCUAGGACACUACGCUGUGGUAGCAGAUAACGACAGUUAUGUACAGUAUUUAUGGUUUUGUUUUUAACGCCUUCUUUUACAGCACUUAAUUUAUAGAAGAUUUAGCUUUCACGUUUUGUUUUUGAAUUGAAGAACAUGGAGGCCCUGGCUUGAUUAGCAGAAUAGAUAAAUGGGCGUAGUAUGGGACUGGCACACAGACAUACAUAGCAAGGGUGUAACGAUGCAGUUCACUCAUGGUCCGGUACGAUGCACAAUACAGGGUUUUUGUUUCGGAGUUGUGUAACUCCCUAAAUGUUGGGAAACAAAUCCAGAAAGGAGAGGGUCUGGAAGUAUUUUUGUAUCUACUCAUCUAUUGGCUGUUUGUGGCCAAAAGACCCAGACUGCAAUCCGGUCCCAAAAUUCACCUCAAAUUGUCUCUGAACGCAGCUCGAUCCUCAUCAACACAGUCACUCUGUUGCCUGUGUGGGUGCCGAAUGCAAAGAUUUACUAAAUAUUUGAACUAUUUUUCAGCUCCACAGUGCAGAUUGUGGCAUUUUUGUCACAGGAAAUAUAGCGCUAAGAUGUACUGUUAGAUCCUAAUGCACUGCAAUGAGUUCAGUAUUGAUUGAUGGAGAACAAAAUGCAUGUAGUUUGUUUUUUAGGUCAGAAGGACAAAUGCUGAACACCUUCAGAGAGCUAAAAGUUAAGCCAUUACACACACACACACACACACACACACACACACACACACACACACACACAGUAAGAAGUCAGCUCUCCCUAGUAAUACAGCAGUGUCUGAAGGAUGAAGAGGAACCCUGACUUGUCCGUGCACACACUCACAUGUUAGCCUUAGGAUUUGAUUGUAAAGCCUGCGAUUGUCUUUGAUCCCUCCAAGCCUGAAAAACCUCACUGCACUUUGCCAGCCAUCUGGGCACUUCACCUCAGCUUUCCCAAUUCCACACUAUUAGGUUGGCUCUCCACUGUUCAAGUAGCUAACUGUUAAGAGGAUUGGUCUAACUAGUGGCUCUUUGCCUUAGUGUGUUGUGUGUGUGUGUGUGUGUGUGGUGUGUGUGUGUGUGUGGUGUGUGUGUGUGUGGUUUGUGUGGUGUGUGUGUGUGUGUGUGUGUGUGUGUGUGUGUGUGUGUGUGUGUGUGGAAAUGUUUUAAAAGGACAGUUAGCUUGUGGUAGCAUGUGAAGAAUACAGCAGAGCAUAGUUAUAGAAAUUUAGCAGAUGUUACAGGACUAAUUCAACAUAAAAUAAAAAAAAACUUUUUAUUCGGUUUCUUUUCGAGACUUGAAAAGAUUGACACCCCUCUCAUGUCUGUACGGUAAAUAUUAAACUACAACCAGAAGCCAUUUAGCUUAGCUUAGCAUAGUAUAAAGACUGGAAACAGGGAAAUGGCUAGCCUGUUUUUUUUCCAAAGGUACGAAAAUAAACAGUGAUAGUGGUAUGAAACCUCUAAUUUUACUCUGAGCAAAAAUGUUAAUACAAUUAGUUCCCAUAAUGUUCAAUUAUUCCCUUACCAUCCUCUAAAGUUAAGGUAGCAGUAUUUUUUAUGUUCUGUAUGAUUGACAACAAAAUUAAUGUGUGUUCUUGUGCCAAGACCUGAAAAUGCUGUAUAUCUUUACUGGCUGUAGAGUAAUGAAGAGCUCCCUGCAAAAUGGAGUUAGUAUGUUUUUUUUUGAGAAAUUGAGGGGAGGAACAUUUGAGAGCCAGCACCUCUAGAGCAGCGUAUCUAAUACUGUGAGUUGGGCAGCAAAACAGGGUAGCAGCACCUCGAUGGUGGGUCCCCACUUCAAUGAAUCUCUAGUGUAUUAAGGAAUUUUCUUAGUUUUCUGGGCUGAAACCAAUAGUUGGAGUCAGUAACUUUCAAUUCAGCUGAUUGAGAAAGUUUUCUUUUAAAUCAGAAAAAAGAUUUGCCUUGAGAAUAUACUUUUAUGUUUCCUUGGUAGUUUCAUAAGAAUGAUUGACUGAGCAAUUCUAUUUUCAGCAGGUGCAUUUUAGGUUUUGAGCCCAGUGGGUUGACUUAGACUCUUUUUUUAUUUUACGGACAUACAAGCAUCCACACAAACACGCCAUGUCUUAGAUUUAAAAACGUGAUGCUAAUUUCACCCAGAUUGAGAGAAUGACGCAUGUUGAAGAUUUACUUAAUUUUUGCCAUCACAUCAAACUCAUUCUACCGUCACUGUAAUACACAGCCGACUUGUUAGUCACAUCCUCAUGUCUGUAUGUGAAAGAAGUCUUUAUUGUUGUAAAUAUUGGUAUAUAUUGCCUUUUUCUGUAAAUAGUGCACCCACAUGGUCCUCAAUUGUUGAUAUGAAUCUAAUGGCAUAUUUUUAUAUAUUUGUGUAAGGUUUGUUUUUGUUUGUAUCCCCCCCUUCCCCUCUUCCUCUCUGGCAUGCGCUGCCAGUGACAUUUAAAUUAUAACUCUCAUAGAUCUUUCCAAAAGAAAGAUGGCCACUUGUUGCCAGGGUGACUUAAAGGUAGAAUUUUGGCAUGGAUGUUUUUACUGGUAGCCGUAUUCGCCCCAAACUGUAUCUUUGCCUUGUUACGGAAAUCUAUAAAGGAAGGAACACAACCUGGUCCCAACUCUGUUCAUCCCUGAAUCUGGUUGCAGUUGUCAUGGUUACAGUCGAUCAGAGUUAACUGUAUGUAGUUGUACUCGUUUUGUCACUGUGGGUUCCUCUUUGUAAUUAAAUCAGUUCACUGGUGCCG